AAAGAGAAGUUGCCACCGCAGCAAAAGUAGCCACUGACCCCGACCCCAUCACUAAAUUUCACCAGCGCCAAGCCAAAACGGAACAAAUUAAUCAUGGUGUACCAACUAACUCAGUCGAACCAGCAGCAACUAAGCAAAAUAACUAG